AUGUCUGAACCAAGGUUGCUUUCACGAUCAGGUGUAUUUAAUCGACUUGGAAGUCUUCUAUCAGAUCUUUCCAGUGUAAAUUCAUCUGAUGUACAAAAUCCAUUCAUCACUGAUCCAACGACAAUUACAAACAAUGACACAAUUCAGUUUAGCACUUCAUUUGCACAUCUAACCUAUCGACAAGAUUUAUCGAGUGUUGAACAUAUACAUUUUCGAUGUCGUCCAGUAUCGUCAUUUGAUUCAGCUACUCAUACAAGUGUAUGUGAAGCUGUACUGGGUAUUUUUCCUGAUACAUGUUCUUCGACAGCAUCAUCAUCAGUGCAACCACCUGUUCUUGUACGUGGUGUUGUUGAACAACGUCAUCGUCGUAUUAAAGUUGGCGAUUGGCUACUAGCAAUUAAUGGUACACCUUUAAAUUGGAUAAAUUUGAAUGAUGUACUAUCAAAAUAUCAUUCUACUCGUAAACUUCGUCUUACCAUACGUCAUCCCGAUACGUAUCAUUCAACAUUUUCCUCAUCUUUGCAACCACCAAUAACGUUACCAUCGAUAGAGGAAAAGAAACUUUUUCAACCAGAACAAAUUAAUUGUAUACAUUCAGUACUUUAUUAUGAAAAAAUACCAAAUCAAGGUUUUAAAUUAUUAUAUCAACAACCAAAACAAAAAGAUAUUUUUUUUGCUGCUGGCGGUGUUUUUCCAACAUUAACACAGCUCAUGCACGAUAUGAAUGAACAUGAUAGUUUACUUCGAAGCGUAUCAAUCAAAAUAACUGAACAAAUCAUUCCUAUUUGCGUAACAAGUGAUGAUAAUAUCCAUUAUUUAAUCAUUAUAUAUCCAUCUAUUGAAAAUUUACAUAUAUCUUUACUUGAACAACAUACUCGACAGUUGGUUCGUUUAAUGAAUUUUCUAUUUGGUUCCGUUGAUCGUGGAUUAUUGUUUUUUCAAGAAUCGAUUGAAUAUUUCUUUGAUGUAUUUUUCUAUCGUCUCAAUUCUUUAAUACCAACAUCCGUAGUUUCUACGCCGUUAUUAAAAAAUAUUCGUCUUAUUGAUGAAUUUUUACCUGCACAAUUUAAUGAUUAUGGUACAUGUCCAAAAUUGAAUUUAAACGAUCAACAAUUAUUAUUCAAUAUCGAUUGUUUAUUAACUCAAUUGGAAUGUCAAAAUUUUAAUGAAUGUUCAAAUGAAAGUGAUUUUAUUAUAAAUCGUUAUCGGCGAAUUUUUAUUUUGACUGGCUCAGUUUUAUUUCAUCGUGUUCAACUUCUCACAAGCCAUCUAUCCAAUGAAACAACUAUUGAUAUUUAUCGUUUUCUUCUUCAUUAUGGACAUUUAAAUAUGUCACAAUUUUAUUCCGACACAUGGCAUUUACUAUUAUUUAAAGAAAUCUUUCCGUCAGGUUUCAAUCUUAAACAACGUUGGUUUUUAAUUGUUGGUAGUCACAGUGAAUUAACAUUAGCUGCUGUCAUUCAAACUGAAUAUGAAAAUAAUGAUUUUGUUGUUCCGCCUGAUCAUGAGUUAGUUCAACAGAUAAAAUUAACUUUAAAUGAUAUCCAUACAAUAUUUCCAAAAAUGAUCACAAAUUCAGCACCAUGGAUUCUGUCGUCACCACUCGCAUUUCUUAAAAAGCCAUUGAAACGAACUAUUUCAUUGCCGUUAAUAGGAGACAAAGAACGAAUGUAUAAUGAAUUCAACGGAUUCGGUCAAUCAAGUAAGCCGAAUACAUUUGACUCGCAUGCUGACGAUACAAUAUCAUUGGCAGCAUCUCAUUAUCAUGAUGCAUCACAAACUGAUUUGCGAGUAUCUCAAUUAGUAAGUCAACCUGAAUCUCAAGAUGAAUUGUAUAAGAGCAGCCGUCAAUCAAUAAUGUCUUCAACAUUGUCACUUGAUGAACAACAGAAAACAAAAACUCUUCAGGCAAAUUUAUUGACAUAUCGAUUACAUCCCGGGAAUUUUUCAACAAUAUUUUAUUAUCUUGAUUUUCAAGCAAUACGUGGUUUACUCAUUGCACCUUAUUUUACACUCGAUAAAUUAACAAAAACAACAUUAAUCGAACGUUUUCUAUUUGAAACAAUUCAACAAACAUGUAUUUAUAUUCGAAAAAAACAUUUUUCUAGGCCAAAACAAUUAAAAUCAACAAAUAUAUUCAGUACAAAAAAUCGUCCGAAAUAUAAUGAAAUUGGCUGUCAAUUUUCUAUGCAAACCGAUCCAGAUAAUAAAAAGAAAAAAGAUGCUAAUUUAUUUCAUUUUUGGAUUGUAGCAAAACAAUGUUUACAACCAAUUGAACACGAAUUUUUUGUUUGCUAUCAUGAUUCAAUUGCUCAAAAUAUAACAGAAUUGGCAUUUACGAUUGGAAUGUCAUCGGUAUAA